AUGUCGCGCUGCAACAAUUAUAUGGGGGCCCUGCUUGGUGACAGCAACUCUCCGACUGAGCCGACAGUGCUGAAAAUUGCUCUCUUCGUCUUGUCAUCUCAUAUGGGAAUUGGUUCCCAAGCCAUGCCCUCUGUCAGGUAUUGUGUGUCGGAUGCCGAUUCUUACAGAGUUGUGUCCCCGUAUUCGAUGGUCGAUGAGCCCCCCUCCAUUAUGCUGACCGGUGCACUUUUGCAUCAUAACCAUUGUCUACAUGAUUACUCCAGUCUGCCAAACUCUCCAUUUUCCCGCCUAACAACGGUACCAACGGCGCGAAAGCUACGCAACGGCUUAGGUGGCAAAGAUUCGUGUGUCGAUCACUGCUUCGCUUGUCCUAAGGACUUUGUUCUGACUAGCCUGCGGGAAUGA